AUGUUUAAAAAAAUCAACUUGCCUUUUAAAUUGCAAUCACGCCAGUGCGCAACAAAUGCUGCAAGAAAAAUACUACCAGUAGUAAAAUUAAAUGAAGAAGUAAAUAAUUCAUUAAAAGAAGAAAAAUUCAAACCUCGAAAGCAGCCGGGUGUUGUAUUGAGGACAGUCGUUGAACUUCCAAAAUGGUUAAUCAAAGCUAUGAAGCGCGCUUUGGAAGAACACCCGAGGAAGACUGUAGUGCAGGAUGCAAUAGAAUUGUACCGGCACCUGAACGGGCGGCAUCCACCACCAGAGCAGGAGCUGAUAAACCAGAAGUACGCUGAAGAAAUAAAAAAACUGGCCGAGAGUGGCAAGUACAUUUCGCUGGACGGCCAGGAUGAUGAAAAAGUUCAGGAGACGCUGCAUAAGGACACUCUUAAAAUUCUGCGGAAAAAAGUUCAUCCUUGGGCUCCGAUUGAGUAUGACAAGUACCGAGGGCUUAUGUACAUGAUUGCUCGGGGAGCUCAUGAUUAUGCUAUUAUGUAUAGAAUACUUAAAGAAAUUCAGACACGGGAUCCUGAGUUCAAACCUAAAAGCUUGAUGGAUUUUGGGUCGGGAGUUGGUUCUGUUUCUUGGGUAGCUUCUCAAUUUUGGCAAAAAUCAUUACGCGAAUAUAUGUGUGUCGACGCUUCAGAAAAAAUGUGCGAUUUAGCAGAAUGGAUAGCCAAAUUAGCAGAGCCCAAAAUACGGAAUAUUUAUUUCAAACAGUAUCUACCUGUUACAAAUGAUAAUUAUGAUAUCGUCGUUUGUGCAUUCACUCUCAUGGAAUUGCCGAACAGAAAAACUCGCAUUGAAACUAUCUUAAAUUUAUGGCGAAAAACUGACAAGUACCUAGUAAUUGUCGACCAGGGAACUAACGCUGGCUUCAAGUUGAUUAAUGAAGCUAGAGAUUUUAUAACUAAUAUGAUCAACAUUCACAAAAAGCGAGAAUUGUACGAAUCUUUUGUUUUUUCACCCUGUCCUCAUGAAUUAAAAUGUCCAAGGUAUGAUGAUGGAACAAACACACCUUGUAAUUUUGAAGUUAGAUUUUUCCCACUGCAAUUCAGGAGAGGUCAUAUGAUUUACACUGAACGGUAUUCGUAUGUCGUUUUUAAAAAAGGAUCCAGUCGUGAAGAUAAUGAUAAGUGGCCAAGACUUGUAAGAGAAACAAUAACGCAUUCCAGGAUGGCCAUUUGUCGCAUGUGUACUUCUGAAGGGAAGCUACAAGAAAUAAUUUUCUCAAAAGCAAAACACGAAAAAUUUUUGUUCCGCUGUGCAAAAAAAAGUAUGUGGGGUGAUCGCUUGCCAAUUGAGAUAAAUAACUCUAGUGAAGUGAUUAGCGAAGUCAAAGGUGAAGAAAUAAUUGAAAAUGAAGCUACUGAAGAAGUAACUGAUGAUGAAGAUGAUAAUGAAGAGACAAAUGACAAAGAUGAAAAAAAAUAA